AUGGGAUCGCACGCAGGGAAGAGCGAGCUUGGGGGCGGCGAGAUGCAUGUACGCUGCGCGUUUGCAAGUGCGCACAUUUCGUCGCGUGUGCGGCAGGUGGAAUACUGCGUCCUGCGCCCUGCCGAAAAACCCGGCGGGCCAGAUUUGCUCGCGGGCGCUGCGCGUGCUCUGCAAGCGGCCCAAAUGCAGCUGCACGCUGGCCUGGAAGGAGAGAAUGCGCCGUGCAACGCGCUGAAACUCUUGGAGCAGACGUGGCUGUACGCAAUCGAAAGCACGCCGACGUUCCCUUCCGCGCCAGCGUCGCUGUGGGUGUUUGGCGCACACGAUCCGCUGGACCAUGCGGGCUUGCGCGAGACGGAGCGUGGCACAUUGACGGCGCCGCAAGACGGCCUUGAGCACAGCACGGCGCAGCACGCUUACUUUCUCCGCGCGAUCGAGAACGCCAUCGCCGAUAUGCGCACUGCCGAUCCACACGCUGAGCGCGGCGUGCGGUGCGGCGCAGGCGUGCUCCUCGUCGAAUCGACGCCUCUGCGUCUACUCGAAUUUCAUGCACACACGACACUGGAUACAUUGGUUGUGCGCAUGGAUGCGCACAGCGUCCCAUGGAUGCCUCUUGCGAUGCAGUACGACCCCGACAGGCCGUGUAGCGCACCGCCAGUGCGCCCCGGCGAGUCGCAGCUCGUGCUAUUGCCUACGCUUGUGCACGCUACGUAUCUGGACGUGUUUCCUGGUGCUAUAUCGCAGAACACGCGCCUUGCCGACGCGCUUGCGCCCGUGUUUGCACAGCGCGCCGCGCACGACACGAUGCGCGUCAUGGUCAGGAUCCCUGUGCAGCAUCCGCCGGCGAUGCCGAUGGAUACGAUGGAUAUGGGCCUCGAUACAGCCACAGGCACGCUUGCCGUGACGCUGCUGUGGCCUGCAGCGCUGUGCCUGUGCCUGCCUGCGCCGCCUGCGCCCAAGGAACGCGAGCCGCUCGGCGCGCUGUGCACGCUGAGCGUCGCUGCGCUCCUGCGUGCCAUGCACCGCGCGCCUUCAGCACCACUAGAGGCAGCAGAGAGCGUCGUACGGUCGCACUCGCCCCGCGAUGAAGAGGAAGAUGUGUUCCAAGGCAUUGGGCAGCUGACGGAGGACGAUUUUCGCUUCUUUGGCGAGCCGGUCGAUGCGGCCGCCGCGCCGCCGCCAGUGCAGGCGCAUGCUCCGGCCGCAUCGCACGCGUCGCCGCUUGGCUCGCCACACGAAACGCCCAUUUUCGCCGCACCGACGCCGCGCGCGUCCAAAUACGACGUACACGGAAAGCUUUACACGCCGCUCUUAAGCAGGAAACGGCGCGCAUCGGGCGAGUUAGCGUUAGAGCGCCGCGUAGUGCCCCGCAUAUCACCGUACAUGCCAGCUGAUACGCCGCAGGUGCCAGUGCACAGCCCCUUGCUCGACGCGAGCGAAAGCGGGAGCGGGAGCGAAAAGAGCGAAAAGAGCGACGCGCCCGCGCUGCCGUUUGUGUCCCGCGCCGUCGCGCUCGUGCGCCUGCAAUGCAGUACAUGGGUCGCGCACCAGGGUGCACUGCAAGCACGGCCAUGCUCGGGCACACGGCUCGAAUGGGCCGCACACGGCGCGCCGCGUCCGAUCGAGCGCGAUCAGUGCGCCCCGGCGGCGUGGGGGCCGUUGGAGAGUGUCUGUGUUGCCGUGGCGAAUCCCGUGCCGCGCUUUUUGCUUGGAUGCCAGCGCGCCGUGGUGCAAGUGUGCCCUACCGCGCUGGACGCAUGGGCCACGCUUGGCCUCGAGCCGGUGGGUGGGCCGAAACGCAUUUGCGUAUGUGCCGUGCUUCUUGGGGACAUGGAUCCGCUCGCGGUGCGCCAGUGGCUCACUGGGCUAGAGCACGCUUAUGUGCGUCUGCGCAUGGGCACACUGUGCGCGAGCAGUGCCGUGCUUGCAUGGCAAGACGGCCAGCUUGUAAAUACCGCCAACGGCACGCCGACGGUGCUGGCCAAUGCAUGGGGCGCGAAGCAUGCCGCGGAUACACGCGCCAUUUGCCUGCUCCACGCGCCGGAUACGGCAUCGCUGGACGCUGCCGAGCAUCUGUACAAGCAGUACCGCGCCGCGCCGUCAGUGCACGCCGCGCAUGCUGUGCUGGCACUCCCGCGCGACUUUGUCCAGCCCGCGUGGCGACAGGAUUUCAGAGCGCAGGCGCGCAUUGCGCGAGUCAUCUACGAUGCCGUGCCGCGUGCGGGCCGUGCCAUUGCACAUACACUCGCGCUUGCGCCGGGGUACUAUGCGGCGUGCAAGUACCUGCGUGCCGAGUGUGCGAUGCAACUUGCUUGGCCGCCGCCGCUGCAGAAUGUGCUGCAGCAUGGGGCUGUACUGCAUGUCGCGUACGAUGUGGUGCCACAAGAUGCGUGCUCCAUGGUGCGUGUUGUGGGAAUCGACGACCGUGCGCAAUGCACAUUUGUGCAGACGUGGGCGUCGCAGGGGACGCGCGCCGAUGUGCGGCGCAUCUGGGAAAUGGUCCGUGCGCAGAUGCGCACCGCGCCGCAAGUCGCGUGGAAUAGUGUCGUGUGUAGGUUUGGCGCGAUGCCGAUGGCCGAGUCGGAGGCGUGGGCCGUGCUGGGCACUGAGCGAAAGCGUGACGCGGCACUGCUCGAUACGCUGAUCGCCUGCGUGGAGCGCGGCGCCCCGCUGCACAUGCCCGCACAAGAAAAGAACACGUUGGCGGCGCCUUUGCACGCCGUCUUUCCGACGGAGCGUAUGGUGCUUGGCGCGAAAGGUGAGCAGCUGCUGGCGCUGCAAACGGCGUACGUCGCGCAGGAAAGUACAGGUGCAUGGACCGUGCAUCUCUUGCAUGCCUUUUUCACCGCGCAGGAGCGCGCAUUGGAUGGGUACAUGCACGAUUUGGUGCUCCACCUCGGCGCACUGCAAUAUUUGGCCACGGCACGCUGGCCGCUUGAGGCGCCGCUGCUGCCGUGGCAUGUUGCUGUGCUUGCCGCAGCGUAG